AUGGCUAGCUUAAGUGAAAGACGUGGAACCAAUUGUACCGACGCUGAAUGGGAUGAAUAUUGUAAGAUGCCACAAAUUCGUGAUAAUGAAACUCCCAGUGAGUGGAUGAAUCGAAUUUGGCCUCGUUUACAGUAUUUCAGAGAGAAUAAUCUCCUACCUAACAAAAGAUACUUUGAAGCUAGAAAGUUAAUAACAUAUAGGUCUGAGGUUAAUGGAUUUUGGAAAAGCUAUGCACCUGAAAUUGGUAUUGCUAUCUGCUUUUCUUGUAAUCAAUUAGUAUAUACUGGAAAACGAACCAAAAAUACAGGCAAUUACAACCAUAUAGGAAUGGAGAGACAUUGGGCUUCUCAUUGUACUGGAAAUUCCUUUUGUGGUGUAAAUUAUGAUGAAUAUUUACUGAAAAUCGAACAAAAAUCUAUUUCGGGAUAUAUUUAUGAUAAUGAGUAUGCAUUACACCGUUAUGAAUUGUGGAUGCAAAACGCCGUUAGAAGAAUUAAGCGUGCAAGAGAAAUCGGUAGAAAAAUUCGAGCAUGUAGAAUUAUACAGAGAAAAUGGUUAGAAAUUUUCUUCAGACCCGAAG